AUGACCAUGCUGGCCAGCUCCACCGCGGACGAGAAAAGCCUGGAAGAGGCGCAUACUAGCCGCCUGGAAGAGGCUCGCAUGCUCGUGCGGGCGAGACGCCAGGAGGCAAAGGCGCGGCAGGCCGCGAUGGCAGCAGCGGCCGUCGAGACUGCAACCGUGGCGGGAGGUGGCGGCAGUAACAGCUCCACUACGGCCAAGGAUCCAGCAGCUCCUACGAAACCAACGCUCCCCGGCUCGGGGGUUAGUAGCAGUGCCUCUACUCGCUCUAGAACUUCGAAUGUUGAUGUUGCAUCUGGCGGCAAGAAAUCGUCGAGCCGCUUCCGCAGCAGCGGCGCAAUCAGCAGCAACAGCCGUGGUACACGGGGUGGGGUUUACCCUCGAGGGCGGCCGGGCGCGGAGAGUAGGGGAGCUAGAGGACCAGGAGGAAAAGGGUUCGGAGUUAAACGUCGCAGAGUCCUGCCAGACUUCACAAAGGCCACGAAGGCUACCGCUGUUCCUGUGCUUGCUGCUGUCGGAGACGGAGAUGACACGGGGCUGGUGGCGGCGAUACGGGCGACUCUGGACCAAACCAGGGCGCAACUGGCCGGGCGCAAGCCUUCUACGUCAGCGGCAGCGGGAGGGGUGCUUCCUUCGCUCACACACGGCGCCACGCAGCAGGGCUGGCUGCGUGUGAUCGGCCUCAUCCGCCGAGCGUGCGGAGGGACCGAAGAAAGCGAUCGUGGAAGCAGCGGGGGACCGAAUGGCGCCGCCCCCGGCGGUGUCGAGAGCAGCGGGGUGCCUCCUCCCACACCACCUCCUCGGGUUGCGUUUGAGCUGGCCCUUGAGGUCUGCGUCCUGUGCGAGAGGCCGGAUGCAGGGUUGGAGGUGCUGAGUCUCAUGCGCUCGACGGGGUUGCAGGCGGAUUUGGACGACUACAAGACUGUGCUCAAGGGCUACAGCGCCAACAGAAAGCAGGGCAAGGCUCUCUUCACCGUGCAGACGAUGUCGGCGGUGCAGCAGGCCGGGCUGGUAGCGGACAUCGAGAUGCUCUCUGCGGCAAUGGACGCGUGCUCCAAGGCCAGGGACACCGAGGGGGCGGUGCACUUCAUGGACCAGGCCAUUAGGCUCGGGCUCAAGCCGGACGACACCAUGUUCCGCGAGGCCAUCCUCGCCUAUAGUCUUGCCGGAAAGUGGGUCGAAGCCCGCGAUUUAGCCUUGCAGUGGCGGGGACAAGCGCCGUCACCUGCGUCAUCAUCAACACCAGGGGGCGAUGGUGGUGGCGCCGUCAGUGUUGGUCUGGGUAUCAGCCGCCCUCCUCCGCCGACGGUGUGCAACACGGCUAUCCUCAAGGCCAUGGGCAAAGCCGGCAAGGUGGAUGAGGCGAUCGCCUGGCUGGGGGACACCUACGACGCCGCCACCGCCACCGCCACCGCCGCCUCUGGGGCGGGUACAACCGAAGAUGAACAGGGAAGCGUUCGCGGGUUUGUUUGUUUGGACCACUCGUCGUUCAUGGCCGUGCUGUCGGCGUGCUCGAAGGCGGGGAGGUGGGGGUCGGCGCUGUCGGUGCUGCGGGAGAUGGACCGCGCCGGGGUUACCCCGGAGACCGUCGCAUUCAACACUGUUCUCGCGGCGUUCGAGCACCGCGCUCACUCUGGCGGUAGCAGCAGCGGUGGUGGCGCUGCCAAGAGAGAGGCGCCCCGCUGGCCCAUGGCGCUGGAGCUCCUCGCCGACAUGGAGAGACGCGGCGUGGAGCCGGACGUGGUGACGUACAACAGCUUGAUCAACGUGUUGCGCUGGGGGGGGCAGCGGGACAGGGCGCUCGAGAUCUUGGACGGCAUGAACGCGAAGGGGGGAGCGGGGGGAGUGCGGCCCGACGUCAUCACAUACAACAGUGCGAUCGCCGCGUGUGCCUCGGGCGGCGAGUCGAAGAAGGCGAGCCAGUUGAUCGGCGAGAUGCGCCGCAAGGGGCUCAAGCCCGACCGCUACAGCUACACCAGUGCCAUACACGCCUGUUCAAAGGCCGGAAACCCCGAGGAGGCGCUGCGGCUGCUGAGGGCAAUGGAGGCCAGCAAUGUGGUUCCCGACGUGAUCGCCAUGACGGCGUGCAUGGAUGCCCUGGCGGCAGGCGGGAAGUGGUCGGAGGCGAUCACGAUUCUGGACGAGAUGCGAUCCAAGGGGGUGACUCCCAACGAGAGGACCUACAAGGCGGCGAUACAGGCAUGCGGAAGGGGGGGGCAGUGGCAGCGCGCGCUGGAGCUCCUGUCUCGCCUCGAGAAUCGGGCAUCCGGGGCGACAGUCCAGGAGUACAAUUGCGCCAUGAUGGCGUGUGUAACCGGGGGCGAGUCUGGGCGAGCGCUAGCCCUGUUGGAGCAGAUGAAGGCCAACAAGGGCGGUGUAAACGCGGGGCCCGAUAUGGUAACCUACACAAGCGCCAUCAUGGCCUGCAGUUCAACCGGCAAGUGGGACAGAGCGCUGUCCUUGCUGGACGAAAUGCGUGAAGCCGGGCCCCGCACUCAGCCGAACAUCCGGAGCUACACUGCGGCCAUCGCGGCGUGUGGACGGGCAAGGAAGUGGGAGGAGGCGGUGGCUCUGCACUCGAAGCUCUUGGAGGAGGGGAUGUCGCCCGACCCUGCCAGCUUCAACGCCGUUAUACGCGCUGCGAGGCGCGGGGGGCAGCACAAGCUGUCGAUGAAACUGCUGGCAUCCAUGGUCGAGGCCGGCCUCACGCCGGACGGGGUGACCGUCGGAGAGCUCAUCUCUUCCCUCUCUGACCGAGGGAGGUGGGACGACGCCCAGCGCGUCGUGGAGAUCGCGGAAAAGACGGGAGCCAUCCCGGCGUCGUCUCUGGACAGCGACUUCGAGGUGGACGUGAGCCAGCUGCCACCUGCGAUCGCCAAAGUCAAGGCACGAGGCACCCUGCAAAGAAUUCUCGACGUCUGGCGGGAAAGCAGCGGCAACGCCGAAGGCGGCGGAGCUACCUCCAGUCCUCUCGAGGACCUCGUUUUCGUAACUGGUACGGGGAGCGCCACGAAGCCCUCCCCCGCCCCCGACACCGCCGCUCCAUGGGCUGGCGACGUCAUCGACGACGAUGGUAGCGCUGGCGACGGUAAAGAUAUCGUUAUCGAUGUUACCGUCUCCGACGACACGUCAACCACGAGCACCGAGAGCGCCAGGGCCGAACCGACAACGACAAGCUCUGCCUCCGUGGAGACCAUGGGAACAGCGGCUUCAGGCGCCGCCGCGGGUCGAGGAGGGUGGCGAGUGGCCCGAUUUUCGGACCGCAGUUUCGGUCUUGGGCGGGUGUUAGUUGAACACCUCAGGACGGCGUUUAAUCCCCCGCUUAAGGCGCAACCGAGGGAGUUUGUGGCCGGGUGUCUCGUGGUGAAGGUGGAAGACCUGGAGACAUGGGCAGCAGCGCAGGAGGGGGGGGGGUCAUUGUAG